AUGGCAGAGAAUCUGCGGUCUUACCUUCACUGGGCAGCGUCUCCGCUCAUCGUCAAUGCCCCCAUGGGAGGCUAUGGGGGCGGAAAGCUUGCAGCCAGAGUCACACAAGCCGGUGGUCUUGGAAUGAUAGGCUCUAUCAUGCACGACGACCUAGAGAGAGAGCUUGCUGUUGCACAGGAAGCAUUGGGGCCAAUACAGGGGGGCCAUCCUCUCCCUAUUGGCGUGGGCGUACUGCCCUUCGUCGCGGAAAUCGACCUUGUUCUCCCAAUCUUACAGCAAUAUCAACCGGCAGUAUUAUGGUUGUUUGCUGCUAAGGAGCUAGAGGACUACGCAGUAUGGGCUGGCAGAGUCCGUGAAGUUUCUCCGCAAUCGAAGAUAUGGAUUCAAACUGGCACAGUAUCCGCGGCGUUGAAAAUUGCACAGCUGGCAAAACCCGACGCGUUGAUUCUGCAGGGGGCAGACGCUGGAGGUCAUGGCUUUGAGAGAGGAGCAAGCAUGGUGUCCCUCUUACCAGAGGCGAGCGAUGUCUUGACAAAGGCCGGUCUGGGCAAUAUUCCCCUGCUCGCUUCUGGUGGCAUCGCUGAUGCUCGUGGUGCUGCCGCUGCCUUCACCCUUGGAGCAGCCGGAGUAGUCCUUGGAACCAGGUUUCUGGCGGCGAGAGAGACAAUUGUACCGCCCGGUUAUCGAGAUCUCGUGCUUGCUGCGAGCGAUGGCGCUGCGAGCACGGUCCGGAGCAAGCUGUUCGACAAUGUGAAUGGACCAAAUAUAUGGCCAGACGCUUAUGACGGGAGAAGUCUGGUCACGGAAAGUUAUAAUGACUAUGUACGAGGCGUUGACAUCGAUCACAUCAGAGAAAUGCACCGAAAAUCAGUCACAGGUACGGAUGCCGGAUUCGGGAUGACAAAUCGUGCGAAUGUCUGGGCGGGCUCUGGUGUAGGGCUGGUGAACAAGCUGGAGAAUGCGGCAGAUAUUGUCGAAGAGGUCAGAUCAGGUGUCACGCAAAUCUUGAAGGAUGCCGCCGCCCGGCUGUAG